AUGUCUUCGAUCCUUCUUAUUACCGGUGCUACCGGGAAACAAGGUGGCAGUGUGAUCAACGCACUUCUUCAACAGGACGCAGGUAUCCAGAUAUUGGCCGUCACUCGCGAUGCCAAUUCAAACGGAGCCCAGAAACUCAAGCGCAAGUCACCCAAAAUUGAACUAGUCGAAGGCAACUUCGACCAGCUUGACGACAUCUUUGCGAAUGCUAAAAAGUUCACGUCUGAGCCCAUCUGGGGUGUUUUUGGCGUUCAGGAUGCCGAAGAACGACAAGGCAAAGAACUGGUUGAUGCAGCCCUGGAAAACAAUGUCAAAGUCUUCAUCUAUUCAUCAGUAGAUCGAGGUGGAGAGGCUUCAUUUGAUAGUCCUACGCCAGUCCCACAUUUCAUCAGCAAACAUAGCAUCGAGCAUCAUCUUAUCGAGAAAACUAAAGGCACCGAGAUGAAGUGGACAAUUCUCCGCCCGGUCGCCUUCCUGGACAAUUUCUCUCCUGGUUUCAGCGGAAAGGGGUUUGCGGCCACAUGGAAGAUCUAUGUCAAGGAAAAGCCCUUACAACUGAUCUCCGUGGGAGAUAUUGGCUACUUUGAGGCCCAGGCAUUCAUGAAUCCACACCAGUGGGAAAACAAGACCCUCUCUUUGGCUAGCGAUGAACUCACAUUCGAGCAAAUGGCAAAGAUCUUCAAAGAAAAGACUGGUCGAGAUGUACCAACUACUUUCAGCUUCAUUCCAGCGAUUCUAGCGAUGAUGCUGAAGGAUUUCGGGUACAUGUUUAAGUGGUUCUACGAUACAGAGUAUGGAGCUGAUAUCCCCACCCUGAGGAAGAUCCACUCGGGUUUGAAGGACUUUGGAACUUGGCUCGUGACUGAAAGUGGGUGGAGUGUUGUACACCAUCUGGACCUUGCCAGCGAUGUCGGCCAAGACGACAUGAUGGUGAAGGACAACGAAUCAGGUUGUGCACAGCUUGCCAAAUGGAUUCUUGUUCAGAUGUGGCCUCUUCGGCAUCCAGUUGGACGUCUCGUCUCGCCCAUUGAGCAUCCGUUGAGUGGCCGAUGA